AUGGAGUUUGCGGAGCUGAUUAAAACCCCACGGGUGGACAAUGUGGUGCUCCAUCGGCCAUUCUAUCCAGCCGUUGAGGGGACCUUGUGCCUAACCGGCCACCACCUGAUCCUGUCCUCCCGGCAGGACAACACGGAGGAGUUGUGGCUCCUCCAUUCAAACAUCGAUGCCAUCGACAAGCGAUUUGUGGGGCCACUGGGUACCAUCAUCAUAAAGUGUAAAGAUUUUCGAAUAAUUCAAUUGGAUAUCCCUGGAAUGGAGGAAUGUUUGAAUAUAGCCAGUUCCAUUGAGGCAUUAUCUACCCUGGACUCCAUCACACUGAUGUACCCUUUUUUUUACCGGCCCAUGUUUGAAGUGAUAGAAGAUGGCUGGCAUUCUUUCCUUCCUGAGCAAGAGUUUGAGCUCUACUCUUCAGCUACCAGUGACUGGAGGUUAAGCUAUGUUAAUAAGGAAUUUGCGGUCUGCCCCUCUUACCCACCAAUUGUCAUAGUGCCGAAAUCCAUUGAUGAUGAGGCUCUUCGGAAGGUGGCUACAUUUCGACAUGGAGGACGCUUCCCGGUACUCAGCUAUUAUCAUAAAAAAAAUGAAAUGGUAAUUAUGCGAAGUGGUCAGCCACUGACUGGCACAAAUGGGAGACGGUGCAAAGAAGAUGAGAAGCUGAUAAAUGCUACUCUCAGAGCAGGAAAGCGUGGCUACAUCAUUGAUACUCGAUCCCUAAAUGUAGCUCAGCAAGCUAGAGCCAAAGGAGGCGGCUUUGAGCAAGAAGCUCAUUAUCCCCAGUGGAGGCGGAUUCAUAAGUCUAUUGAGAGGUAUCACAUUCUUCAGGAGAGUUUAGUCAAACUUGUGGAAGCUUGUAAUGACCAAACUCAUAACAUGGACCGAUGGCUCAGUAAAUUGGAGUCUUCCAACUGGCUGACACACAUCAAAGAGAUUCUGACUACUGCCUGUCUAGUGGCUCAGUGUAUUGACAGGGAAGGAGCAUCCAUAUUGAUUCAUGGGACAGAAGGAACUGAUUCCACACUUCAGGUGACCUCUCUGGCCCAGAUCAUCUUGGACCCAAGAAGCAGGACCAUCCGCGGUUUUGAGGCCUUGAUAGAAAGAGAGUGGCUGCAGGCUGGCCACCCAUUCCAACAGCGCUGUGCACAAUCAGCGUAUUGUAAUAGUAAGCAGAAGUGGGAGUCACCUGUAUUUCUCCUCUUCUUGGAUUGUGUGUGGCAGAUACUUCGUCAGUUCCCUUGUUCUUUUGAAUUCAAUGAGAAUUUCCUCAUCAUGCUCUUUGAGCAUGCUUACGCCUCGCAAUUUGGAACAUUUCUGGGCAACAAUGAAAGUGAAAGAUGUAAGUUGAAACUACAGCAGAAAACGAUGUCUCUGUGGUCUUGGGUCAAUCAGCCCAGUGAACUGAGUAAAUUCACCAAUCCUCUCUUUGAGGCCAACAACCUUGUCAUCUGGCCUUCGGUGGCUCCACAGAGUCUUCAGCUCUGGGAGGGUAUUUUCCUGCGUUGGAACAGAUCCUCCAAGUAUUUGGAUGAAGCAUAUGAAGAAAUGGUUAACAUCAUUGAAUAUAAUAAGGAAUUACAAGCAAAAGUAAAUCUCCUUAGGAGGCAGUUGGCAGAACUGGAGACUAAGGAUGGGAUGCAGGAGAAUCCCUGA